GGAAGUCCCAGUUGUUCAUCCCGGCUCGCUUGACAGCGGUUCCGCGUUGAUACCGGAGAGAGAAACGAGGAGAAACAAGUUUUGGCAGAGAGCCGCCGCCGCAGGGAGAAAGCAGAGGAACAUGGACAUGAAGAAGAGGGUCUCCUUGGAGCUCAGGAACAGGACGCCGACUGACGUCCGGGAGCUGGUUCUGGAUAACUGUCGCUCCAGCGGGACGAUCGAGGGCAUCACGGAGGAGUUUGUGAACCUGGAGCUGCUCAGCCUCAUCAACGUCGGCCUGGUCAGCGUGUCAGACAUCCCCAAACUGGACAAGCUCAACAAGUUGGAGUUGAGUGACAACAGGAUAUCGGGGGGUCUGGAGGUCCUGGCAGAGCGGCUGGUGAAUCUAACGCACCUCAACCUCAGCGGGAACAAGUUCAAAGACAUCAGCACUCUGGAGCCCCUGAAAAAGCUGCCGCAGCUGAAGAGCCUGGACCUGUUCAACUGUGAGGUGACCAACCUGGGCGACUACAGAGAGUCCAUCUUUAAGCUCCUCCCCCAGCUCACCUACCUGGACGGCUACGACAUCGACGACUGCGAGGCGUCCGACUCCGACGGAGAGGGAGACGGAGUCGAGGACGAGGAGGACGAAGAGGGCGAGUCCGAGGACUUUGAGGAAGAGGAGGAGGAGGACGAAGAGGACGUGGUGGCAGAGGAGGACGAUGAAGACGACAGCGGAGACGACGAGGACGGAGAGGUGAACGGAGACGUGGACAGCGAAGAAGACGAGGAGGAUGAGGACGAGGAAGACGAGGAUGAAGAUGAAGACUCGUCUCCGGUCAAGGGCGAGAAGAGGAAGAGGGACCCCGAGGAUGAGGACGACGAAGACGACGAGUAAGACCGACGCAGACGCAGUGACCUCUGACCUCCUGCCCGGUGACCCUGAGACCCCCCCCCCUCCCUCCUCCUCCUUUCUGUGCAGCCUUUCCCACCAACACCUCACCACUCCUUCCUCUUUUUUAUUUUUUUAUUUUUUUUUCCAUCCUUUCGACGCCCGUCAUCCCUCCUGCUGCUGGCGGCUCCCGGCCGUUUACACCAAACCCCGCCUCUCGUUUUUCUUUUCCCUGCUCGCGUUCUCGAACCGUCGUCGUUUUUUUUGCCUCCUCCUCCCUUUUUCCCACCUUUCAUCUGCACUCGUCUCCCAAAUCCAGCGUUUUCUUUCUAUCAGCAGCGUUAGAGCGGUGCGACUCGCUCGUCCGAUGACUUCCGUUAAUCAAACAAACCAAAAACAGAGCCGCUAACACAAUAAAUGUUCCGUUCCUGCAGUGUUUACUUCCCGUUGACGAUGAACAAAUAACAACACGUCAAAUUCUGCCGAUAAAAAAUGAAUGAAAUGCAAAUUUGGAGCGCCUCAGUGUUUAAUUUACAUUUAUAACGACCAGGACGCCAGGUGAUGAAAUGAGGCUUUUUCCCACACAAUAACAGGAAAGUUGAAAAAUGUGUAGUGAAAUGAAAUGGUGACGUUAUGAUUUGACGUUAUUCCUGUCAAAGCAGCUCAACUGCAGUGUGACAUCUGUGGGAAUCGAUGCAGAUUUCAUUAAAAUAAAAUAAAAACUUUUCCUUUUCUUGUAAUAAAAUCCAGUUAAAUGUCAGGUGAAGCGUCCUAACGUCCUGCCUGCUCAUUAUUUGGGGACUUGAUGUCUUUCUCGUCCUCUGAGGAAAAGAGACAAACCUCCAGACGUGCAGGUGAUGUGGUCGAUGAACCGGAGCUGCUGGAGAGUUUUGGAUCAGAUCUGCUCAAAGGAAACAAACAAGGGCUCAUGGGAGGAAACGGCUUCCUUCCUUCCUUCCUUCCUUCCCUCCUUCCUUCCUUUCCUUUCCUCCUUCCUCCACUUUGCGAGGACUUGAGUUGCCCCCCGGGUUCACCCCACUCCCCUUCCCCCUCCGUUCUCUGAUGUCAUCACUGUGGGACUGCACCAGCGGCUGCGGUGACAUCAUCGUGAUGUCACGCGGCGGACGUCUCCUCGGCGCGGGGCGACGCUCGUCUCUCUUUUUGCCAACAGAGCUUUUUAAAAGAAAUAUUUUUUCAGAGGAAUUGAUUUUUUUUUUUUUUUUUUGUAUUAUUGUCAGGUUUAUCAAGGGGACAGUCGCUCUCUCUCUCUCUCUCUCUCUUUUCGUCCUGGUUUUCUCUCCAUCCGUCGCCCCUCCGUCACCUCCCAGCCUUCCUUCAUCCCUUCUUCCUUUUCUCUUUGGUCUGUGGGGAGAGAGAGACGGCUCGUUCCCUUAUCAAUUACACUGAUUAGUUGUGGUUGUGUUUUCUUUUUCUUUUGUUUUCUUUUUUACUUUAUGUAAGUUAAAGCAAAAACAAACAAAAAAAAAAAUACAGACAAAAAUGGACUUUGUAAAUAAAAUCUUAACAUUUUGCUCC